CUAAACAGUAGAGUCUGCAUCUGAUCCUAAAGUCUUAGCCUAUAGUUUUCUCACUCUGCUCUCUAGAACAGAAGUAAAACAAAUAAAUAAAAAAGAGAAAACUUGGGGUGAUGUCAACUCUUGUUAGAGACAACACUGUUGCCCUUACAUUGGUAAACGCAUGAGGUUUACCAUAGAGGCUCUAGCUGUCUAUUGUAGUUCAACUCUACCCUCUCAUGGUUAUGGACUAAUCAUAGCACUGUACUGUAUCACCAUCUCUUCGUGUAACAGCAGUACAGUGUGGUGUAGUCUAGUUGUUCUCUAGCUCUAUUAGACCAGUAUAGACUAAUAUAGAGGUCUCAAAUUCCAAUUUUACUGCCUGUCUAUGAUUGCAUCCUCAUGGCAUGAUCUGGUUCUCUCUCCAAUCUUAACCUUGGUGUCAUUCAGUGGGCUUCUCAACAUCAAGGACCAGUUUACUGUCUAUUCAAGUUGUGUAGUUAAGAUUGAAAUCUAAAGAAUUAUCAUGUUAAGAAACAGUCAAGCUUGUCCUCUUUUCUGGUCAUAAAUGCAAAGGGGAGGAACCGCAGGGCAGAGGAAGAUCCAGAUCACCUGAAAGUGCACAGGAUGAUGAAUAGCCCCUGUUGUUGUCAUCACUUCUGUCAAAUGGAUGAUAGAGGCAAAAGCAAACAAACACAAACAAGCAGAGCUGUGUCGUUCUGCCGUCAGCGUGGCGUGAUUGACAGCUCCCGUCCCCGUCUCCUCCCUCACUGUCUCUUCGACGCACUCUCGGCCGUCCUCGCUGAGGAGAUUGAUCCAAAGGUUGCUUUUCCUCGGCGAGCUCAACCCAAGCUGGUGACUCGAACCAAAAAGAUCUUUGUGGGCGGCCUGUCAGUGAACACAACUAUUGAAGACGUCAAGCAAUACUUUGACCAGUUUGGGAAGGUCGACGAUGCCAUGCUCAUGUUUGACAAGACCACAAACAGACACAGAGGGUUUGGCUUUGUGACGUUUGAGAAUGAGGACGUGGUGGAGAAAGUCUGUGAGAUCCACUUCCAUGAAAUCAACAACAAAAUGGUGGAGUGUAAGAAAGCUCAGCCCAAGGAGGUGAUGUCCCCCACUGGCUCGGCCAGGGGGCGCUCUCGUGUGAUGCCCUAUGGCAUGGACGCCUUCAUGCUGGGCAUUGGUAUGCUGGGUUAUCCAGGCUUCCAGACUGCCACUUACACCAGUCGGAGCUAUGCAGGCAUCACUCCUGGAUACACCUAUCAGUUCCCUGAGUUCCACUUAGAGAGGACUCCCCUUCUGACUUCACCCCACCCCCCUGAGCUCACAGCCAUUCCUCUCACAGCAUACGGACCAAUGGCUGCAGCAGCGGCGGCGGCGGCAGUAGUCCGAGGCUCCACCCCUUCCCGCUCUGCUGGAUUUUUAGGUACAAGCAGCCCAGGUCCAAUGGCAGACCUUUAUGGAACAGCCAGCCAGGAGUCGGCGGUCAGCAGUUACCUCAGUGCUGCGAGCCCUGCCCCAAGCACUGGAUUCAGCCAUAGUUUGGGGGGUCCUUUGAUUGCCACGGCCUUCACUAACGGCUAUCACUGAGAGUUGCAGAGCUGUAGACUGAGAGCUGGAAGGAGUUGAAGCUGCUUUGGAGCUGAUCUGGCCUGUCUCUGUCCAGUGUGCGUCUCCAGCUAUGGGGGGAGGGCGAUGAAGCUUCACCCCUCCACACUGGUGUCACCCACAUUGUCGACCCUACUGAUAUUUCACUAAACUCCACCUUGUCUGAAAAAAAAAUGUUUUAAAAAAUGUUUGCAAAAUGGAGCACAAAGCUCAUUGUUACAUGUAAUAGCUACACAUUUAAAUGCUGUAUUUUUUUCUGUCAUGUUUUUUGUGAUUGCCACAUUAUGUCAUUAUCUGUUUUAGCUGUCUUUUUUUUUCUUAUUGUUUUUUUGGGAGGGGUCAUUUGACCUCUAACGUGAUCUCUCUGAGAUAAGAGGAGUGAAGUCUCCGGGUGACGCCUGUUUGAACAUCUGGAGCUGUAAAAUGACUGGAAACUGUAUAUUUGUCUCUAGUUCAUACUGAAUUUUAACACUUGGGAUUAAUAUUAUUUCUUGAAAUAAUGCCACAAAUUGUAUAUCUGGUUAGGUUUUAACAACGAUUGUUACGCUAACAAUGACAACAAAGGUCAUUUGUCACGGUUACAUAAUUAGCCUUCAUGAGCUGUACAUUUUUUUUUCUUUUUGUAAAAUAUUGUAAAUAUGAGUGGUUUCUGGGUGGUGGGGCUCUGCUGUUUUUGAGGUGGGAGGCUUUUGGAGAUAUGGUACGUCUGAUUCUUUCAUCAAUCCUUAUGCGUUGGAGAGCUUGGCUGUUACGUAUUAUAGUCCCACCUGGAGGUCAAGAACAUUUCAGUGUAUCUGUCUAUGUUAGACCAGCCAUACUCUGUAUUUCUCUCCAGGCGUAACUCAAGUGUCAUGUGAGUCUUUUAUGACUGAAGCUUCCUCAGUCGAUGACAUUUUUACGAGUUCAGCAGGAGUGAGGCUGAGUCUGGAGCAAACAGUUACUACUUGUGGGAGAUAAGGGUGUGAAAACACUCCGUCUGGAGAGGGAUAAACAUGCUGUUUCUUAUUUUAUCAUAUUGCUGUUUUAAAUGAUUUUCAAUUAUGUGAUGAUUGUGAAGGAAAAUGAAGGACAAGCAUGCAGGAGCAGUCAGUUGGUUAUUAAUGAGUGAUUCACCUCUGCAGGUUAUGUGGAUGUUUGUGUGAACAUGUCAUGUGGUUUUCUACACAUUGGUUUCCAAUGUGCCAUGUGUUGUUUUUUUUUUUCUUUUUUGAAGGAUUUCUCUGUCACAAAAUGUGAAUCUUGAUCUGAUUUUUUUUUUUUUUUUACACACAUUUAACAUCUUUGUCAAAGUGUGGAUGGUUAAAACCUUUUAGAGAAGGCGGCCCUUUAACAGGGUUCUCCUUCACCCCCAUCCAUCACUGCAUAUCCACUGGAGGUCACAGACUGUAGCAAUGUGACACCUGUUUUUUUUUCUUUUUAGACCAAAACAAGAGCUACUAGGAUGUUGCACUGGCUGAUCAUGAUACAUGUAUUUUCCUUAAAAACCAUAGGUGAAAAACAAAGCACUCUUGAUCUACAAAAUACCAGGUUUUACAUUUUGAUACACUCGCCCUCACGACUGAGGGUUUUUCAGACUUUGAUGCUGUUUUCACUGAAAAUAACAAUCUUGUCAACACUGUAACAUUUUCUGAUUUUGUUUUUCCUGUCAUGUUAUUCCUAAGGGGAAAAAAAAACUUUUUAAAAUU